GUAUUUCAUAAGCAAUAGAUUGGCCGCCUUGACUACCGCAACUAACGAUUCUGAGUAUUAUUAUUCUUCUUUUCACCUCUCUUCUCCUUCUGACUGUAUUUCGACAUCUUCUCUUUACCGUGAAGUCGUCGAUAUUCGUCUAGCCCUUCUCCAAUGACCGCGUUUAGCGACCUCCAGACUCCGUUUGGCUCCGGUCUAUCGUCGUCCCCCCGCCCUCUCGACCCCGACAGGUUCUAUCACCGUCUAUCCCAGCCGCUAUGCGGUAACAUUGAGGGCUGGGGCCCUCUGAGUCCGUUCCGAUGGGACCUCACGCCAUGCUUCCUGGAUGUUUGGCUCGCGGUGGUUGCGCUGGGAGGGAUACUUGGGGGCGCGGGAACUGUCUGGUGGAUGGUGAAGACGCAGCCUACCCAGCCUGUGAAGCGGGAUUGGCACUUCUUUGCGAAACUGACGGUCAUUGCUGCGCUCCUUGCGGUCCUCUUCGUGACGUUGGGCCUGCAAGUUCGAAUAUACGGUGCUGUCUUUGUCGGAGACAUUCGAUUCUGGACCACCUUGCUCUGGAUUCUAUCCGCUGGAGUCAUCUUUGCGGUGCAAUACAUUGAGCAUUGGAGACUCCGCUACCCUCAUGGCUCCGUCCUUCUCUACUGGCUCUUCCUCCUGAUCGUCAUUUCGAUUAAACUCCGCUCCCUCGUCGCUCGCGAGAUUUACCGAACCAACCUUCCCUACUUCAUCGUAUUUUGCAUAGCCGUCGGGCUUUCUGCAACCGAGUUCGUCUUAGAAUGGCUGGUACCCAAGAGAUUGUCGGCGUACGACGCGUUGGGCGACGAGGACGAAUGCCCCUUCGAAUACGCGACGAUCUUUUCGGCGUUGACCUUUAACUGGAUGACGCCAUUGAUGAAAGCGGGAUAUCAAACCUUCCUCACACAGGACGACCUUUGGAACCUUCGCAAAUCGGACACAACGAAAAUGGCCUCCAAUACCUUUGAACGGGCGUGGAAGCUGGAGUUGGAGCACAAACGCCCGUCGCUAUUCAUGGCGCUCGCCCGGGCAUUUGGAGGACCGUACCUUGCCGCUUCGGGGUUCAAAAUCUGCAGUGAUGUCCUGCAAUACGUCCAGCCCCAGCUGUUGGGCCUGUUGAUUGAUUUCGUGGAGUCCUACGACCACGUCGACGACCACGUCGACGACCGCCAACCGACCGCUCGGGGCGUCGCGAUCGCGCUGGCGAUGUUCGCCGUGUCUGUGGUGCAGACCACCGCGCUUCACCAAUAUUUCCAGCGAUCGUUUGAGACGGGAAUGCGGAUUCGCUCGUCAUUGACGGCGGCAAUCUACUCGAAAUCCAUGCGACUCUCCAACGAAGGUCGAGCGUCCAAAUCUACCGGCGACAUUGUGAACUAUAUGGCCGUGGAUGCGCAGCGUCUCCAGGAUCUUACGCAGUUUGCACAGCAGCUCUGGUCCGCCCCGUUCCAAAUCGUUCUCUGCAUGGUAUCUUUGUAUAGAGUCGUUGGAUUCAGUAUGUUUGCCGGCGUUGCUGUCAUGGUCGUGAUGGUCCCGGUCAAUGCGUUCAUCGCUCGGGUGAUGAAGCGCUUUCAAAAGGUGCAAAUGAAGAACAAGGAUGCGAGAACACGGAUGACCACUGAGAUCUUGAACAACAUGAAAAGUAUCAAACUGUACGCGUGGUCAUCCGCCUUCCUGAAGAAGCUCAAUGUUAUUCGAAACGACCAAGAGUUGGUGACACAGCGGAAGAUUGCAUUUGCGCAGGCCUUUGCUAACUUUACAUGGUCCUCGACGCCCUUCAUAGUGUCUUGCGUGACCUUUGGAGUCUUCGUACUUGUUGAAGACAAGCCGCUUACUGUCCGAAUCGUCUUCACAGCACUCACUCUCUUCAAUCUCCUCACUUUCCCGCUUUCGAUCCUCCCCAUGGUUAUCACUCAGGUUGUGGAAGCAACUGUGGCCGUCGGGCGACUCACGGAUUUUUUCGUCGCGGAAGAACUGCAGCCGGAUGCUGUGAGAGUUGAGCCUGCGGUUGAGGACGGGGGUGAUGAAAGCGUGCGUAUCCGCGACGCGACUUUUACAUGGAACAAGAAUGAGCCGCAGAACACGCUUACAGAUAUUAAUUUCUCCGCUAAUAAGGGGGACCUCGUAUGCGCUGUGGGCCGCGUGGGUGCGGGUAAAUCGUCCCUUCUGCAAUCUGUCCUCGGAGGUCUCUGGAAAGUGAACGGAGAGGUCAUCGUGCGAGGCACGACGGCCUACGUGGCACAGACGGCCUGGGUGAUGAAUGCAUCGGUCCGAGAGAACAUUGUUUUCGGAUAUAAGUGGGAUCCGACGUUCUACCAGAAGACCGUCAAAGCCUGUGCUUUGGUGGAUGAUUUCAAGACUCUUCCCGAUGGCGAUCAGACGGAGGUUGGCGAGCGCGGGAUUUCAUUGUCCGGCGGACAAAAGGCACGUCUAACUUUGGCGCGUGCAGUCUACGCAAGGGCAGAUAUCUACUUGCUUGACGAUGUUCUGUCGGCGGUGGACCAGCAUGUUGGACGACAUUUGAUUGAGAACGUGCUAGGCUCGAACGGCCUACUGGCUGGCAAAACUAGGAUAUUGGCGACGAACUCCAUCCCAGUGCUCAAGGAGGCGGAUUUCGUCGUUCUCUUACGGGAAGGCAGGAUCAUCGAACGAGGAUCGUACUCGCAACUGAUGGCUAUGAAAGGUGAAAUAUCCAAUCUAAUCCGGACAGCUCUUGACGGAGACCGGGGUGUGGAAAGCGGGUCAAUGAGCCCCGACAGCGAAGAGACGUAUGUCUCCGGCGCAUCCUCGGACGAAGACAACGACGAACUCGAGGCCAGCCAGGAAGGGGUCGGACAGCUCACAUCUAUACGAGUGGGUGCAAGCAGGCUGCGGAAGUCGAGUAUGGCGACACUGCGUCGGGCCAGUUCUGCAAGCUUCCGUGGCCCACGCGGGAAAUUGGCUGACGAGGAGGGGGGCCUCAAGAGCAAACAAAACAGCGAAACCUCCGACCAGGGGAAGGUCAAGUGGUCGGUCUACCUCGAGUAUGGCAGAACCUGCAACUGGGUUGCGGUUUCUGUGUAUCUCGUCAUGCUCGUCGGUGCGCAGACGGCCAACAUUGGUGGAAGCGUCUGGCUCAAGCGAUGGGCCGAGAUGAACGGAAAGACCGGCAGGAAUCCGGAGGUCGGCAAGAAUAUUGCCAUCUACUUCGCUUUUGGCAUCGGCUCCUCCGCGUUGGUGGUUCUACAGUCGUUGAUUCUCUAUGUCUUCUGUUCCAUCGAGGCGUCGCGCAAGCUGCACGAGAAGAUGGCGUACGCCAUUUUCAGAUCCCCAAUGAGCUUCUUUGAGACCACACCAGCUGGCCGAAUUCUCAAUCGCUUCUCCAGCGACAUAUAUCGUGUGGAUGAAAUUCUUGCUCGCGUGUUUAAUAUGCUGUUUGUGAACUUUGCUAGAGCCGCGUUCACACUCGCUGUGAUCUCCGUGUCGACGCCAGCCUUCAUCGCGCUUAUCGUCCCCCUAGGCGCCCUCUAUCUCUAUGUGCAACGGUACUACCUGAGGACGUCUCGCGAACUGAAACGGCUGGACAGCAUCAGCCGGAGCCCCAUCUAUGCACACUUCCAGGAAUCGCUCAACGGUCUUAGCACCAUACGCGCGUACCGCCAACAGAAACGAUUCUCAGUCGAGAACGAAUGGCGGGUGGACGCCAAUGUGCGCGCGUACUUUCCUUCCAUUAGCGCGAACAGGUGGCUGGCAAUUCGAUUGGAAUUCAUCGGAUCGGUGAUCAUUUUAGCUGCAGCGGGCUUUUCGAUCAUCUCCGUCUCAAGCGGCAGUGACCUCUCAGCCGGUUUGGUUGGUUUGGCGAUGUCAUAUGCUCUGCAGAUCACACAAUCCCUGAAUUGGAUCGUGAGGCAGACGGUGGAAGUCGAGACGAACAUCAUUUCGGUAGAACGAAUCCUGGAGUAUGCGAACCUACCCAGCGAAGCGCCAGAUGUGAUCAUGAAGAACCGACCCCCGAUCAGUUGGCCUUCGCAGGGAGCCGUCUCUUUCAAACACUACAGCACAAGGUACCGACCAGGCUUGGACCUGGUUUUGAAAGAUAUUAACCUCAACUUCAAAUCCCAUGAGAAGAUUGGUGUGGUCGGAAGGACCGGCGCAGGCAAAAGCUCGCUGACCCUUGCGCUCUUCCGUAUCAUCGAGGCCGCUGAAGGAAAUAUUAGCAUCGAUGGCUUGAAUACCGGCUCGAUUGGACUUUUGGAUCUGCGGCGGCGUCUUGCCAUCAUUCCACAAGAUGCGGCACUCUUUGAAGGGACGGUUCGUGACAAUCUCGAUCCUGCACAUGUGCAUGAUGAUACCGAGAUCUGGAGUGUUCUAGAUCAUGCCCGUUUGAAGGAACAUGUUUCUAAAAUGACCGGCCAGCUUGAUGCACCCAUUUACGAAGCGGGGUCAAAUCUUAGCCAAGGACAGCGGCAACUUAUAUCUCUUGCGCGCGCACUUCUAACGCCAAGCAAUAUUCUGGUCUUGGAUGAAGCAACGGCUGCAGUAGAUGUUGAAACCGAUCAGAUGCUGCAAACGACUCUUCGCAGCAAUACCUUCAAGGACCGGACCAUCAUCACCAUUGCACAUCGGAUCAAUACCAUCUUGGAUUCCGAUCGCAUUGUUGUUCUAGAUCAGGGUCGCGUGGCAGAGUUUGACACUCCUUCAGAGCUCGUCAGGCAAAAGGGACUGUUCUACGAGUUGGUGAAAGAAGCAAAUCUUCUGUCGACACUGGCGUCCAUGGAGGGAUAAACGAGGUGCUUCUUUUCCCCGUCACCGGGUCACCGGGUCACCGGGACCCAAGGGUGAAAUCGCAGCAGCAAGUGGAAACCCAUGUGGCAGCGGCUGUUUCCCUUGGGCUUUCCAGCGGAGACGGAGCUUCCCUAAGCCCUAAUCGCGAACAGAUACAUCUUGGGAUGAAAGGGUUGCGUGGCUGAUGCACCUUGUUGCUGGAAAUAAAAUAGGAAAUAGAUUGGCGAUGUUCAGGCUUGAUACUUGCCUUGGCGGCUAUCGCACCGACUCCCAGGACCAGUGCUAUGCCACAUGCAAUCCAGCAGGAUCGCAAAUGGGCCAAAAAUAUGUAUAUCGCGAACGGAAACCUGGCUCCUGGAAAAGGGGGCGGAAUUCAUAGACGCUCCACAAUAGAUCUAGAUGCUCCGCGGAUUCGCUACGUACUCCUUUCUCCUCACUCUUGUGGAGAC